AUGCCCAAGGUCCCAUCUUCUGCUCGCGAUACCGUGUUAACUUCGACUCAACGACGCCAGGCUCAGUCCGAUCGGGUUCGUCGUCAAGGGAAAGAGAUGACUUUCCGCUGCAAGCGCUGCGAGAAGAAGAAUCUUCGUUGCUUUGUGGAUACUGCGUCCGGGCAGUGUGCUAGUUGUAUUGCUGUAAAGGCUGAGUGUAGCUUGUUUGUGACUAAGGAAGAGUGGGAAAAGGUGGAGGCCGAGAAGCGUCAAAAGCGUAUUGACAUUGCUCGUCUUCGGUCUCAGCGUGCUCAGCUUGAUGCUCAGCUGUCGCAGCGGGAGUUGGAGCUUUUGGAGAUCGAGGCGCAGGAGCGAUCAUUCGCUGAUCGUGAUCAUGCCCUUCUGAAUCUUCAAAAUCGUAAAAAAGAGGAGGCUGAGGGGAGUUCCGCCCCUGGUAUGGAGUUUCCGGCAACCGAACCAUCGCUA